CGAAGAUUACUUUGUCCAGGAUCUCCACGACAAAAACGUUUCGUCAUCUUACGUCGAGCUCUUCUAACAUGGUUGAGAGUGAAUCCACUACAAAAGUUAACGUCCUCAUGGUGGGUACUGGCGAGUACACGACGGGAUAUGUUGGUGGAGGCGCGGCAGAUUCGGACAAAGGCGCGGGCGUCGUUGCCUUGACGAUGUUCGAUCUCCGUCGUCGGAAUAAGGUUAGCCGUGUGGGCAUGUGUGGUGUCAACGGGAAGAAAUUUGCUGGCAUCCGUUCCCACAUGCAAAAGAAUAUUGGGGAUGUCUACAACGAUAUGGAUUUGACAUGUGAGACCUUUCCCGAAGAUACGGUUGUGGAUCCGCUUGCUUACGAAGUCGCCGCCAAGGCUUUUUACCCCGGAGAUGUGGCGAUCAUCUUUACUCCGGACGACACGCAUUUUGCGAUCGCAAUGAAUUGUAUCCAACGUGGUAUGCAUGUUAUGGUAACCAAGCCCAUAGUGCAGACCUUGGCAGAUCACCAAAAGUUGGCAGCCUUGGCGCACGAAAACAAUGUGUUGGUAGGAGUCGAAGUACACAAGCGUUUGGAUCCUUUUUACGCUGAUGCCAGAGACCGCGCACGUUCCAAUCUCGGCGAUUUUCAGUACAUGUAUGCAUACAUGUCACAGCCCAAGCAUCAGCUCGAAACUUUUAAAGCGUGGGCAGGAAAAUCGUCCGAUAUUUCCUACUAUCUCAAUUCACACCAUGUAGACUGGUCAGAGUGGACUUUGGCUGGAAUGGCACGCCCCGUACGCGUGACGGCAACUGGCUCGUCCGGAGUCGCCCAAUCGCGCAGCAUGAACACUGAAGACUCGAUUACAUUGACAGUUCAGUGGGAAAAUCUCAAUGAUCAGAAGACGCUGGGUUGUGCCGUCUACACGUCUUCUUGGGCCGCACCCAAGAGCGACGUUCAUUCGCAACAGCGAUUCUUUUAUAUGGGUUCGUCCGGUGAGAUCAACGUCGACCAGGCACACCGCGGGUGUACCGUCGCGACAGACGCCGCUGGCUUUGCUUCGGUGAAUCCGCUGUUUAUGAAAUACACGCCAACCAAUGGCAUGUUUUCCGGGCAAGGAAGCUACGGUGUGCGAAGUUUCGAAAACUUUAUUGACGCUUGUUGCGCGGUCAAUGCGGGAACGGCCCAGCCAAGAGACUUUGAUGACGGCUCUUUAGCGACGGUGCAUACAACGAUGCAGGGGACCGCCAUUUUGGAGGCAGGUCGCAUGAGUCUUGACAUGGAUGGUCGCCCCAUGGAUAUUCAAUACGAUGGAAAUGACCAUGAGCCAAUUGCAAUUGUCCCCCACGUCUUCACCGGAUAA